AUGGCGAAGUGGGGGAAGCGCCGGACGAGGACCUCGCCGCCGGCCGCCGCCCUCCCCUCCACCACCACCAUCUCCGCAAACCCCGCCUCGUCCUCGCCGUACUUCCUACCGGACCUGAUCCCGCUGGUCGCGAGCCGGCUGACGACCCUGGAGGACUUCUUCGCCCUCCGCGCCGCCUGCCGCGCCUACCGGGCUCGCCUCCCGCUGUCGUCGUCCAACCUCGCCUCCCAGGGCCCGCUCCUCCUCGUCCGCCACAAGGCCUCUGACUCGGAGGCUCUCUUCCACGUCCCCCUCCGCCGCAUCCUCCGCUUCCGCCUCCCUUGCGCCCGCCGGAGCCCCAUCCUCGCCUGUCUCCGCUGGCUCUUCCCUGCCCGCGUCGCCCCUGGGGACCCUAGCCCCACCUCCUUCCACUCCUUCGGCUGCCGCGUCGCCAUCCAAGACGCCAGCCGCCUCGACCUCCGCAUCCGCCACCUACUCACAGGCAAGCGAGCCGGAGCCCGCCACCCUGGCCCGCCAGAAGAGUGUGACGCAGUUAUCUUUUCCGGCGACCUCAUCAUUGCAUUCACGCCAUGGCGGCCUGAGAUCUACUACUGCCGCACCGGGGAUGCUUACUGGCGAGCGGCUUGGUGCGAUGUAGGCUACCAGCUUUACAGUCUGAUCUCCGUGAAAGGCAAGCUCUAUGCGCUGACUUACCCGAAUUACGGCCUUGCUACCGUCGAGCUUGACAACAAUUCGGCAGUGUUAUCGUUUCUUGAGGAUAAACUGAGUGCGCAGACAGUUCUGAAUUGUUCGACUUUAUGGCUCGCAGAGUGCCACGGUGAGCUAUUGCUCGUUGUCAGAACCUCUACGUACCAUGUUUUCCGGUGGAAGUCUCCGGAGAGGAAAUGGGCGAGGACCGAAAGCCUUGGUGGUUGUAGCUUGUUCUUCAAUAUUCAUGAGUUUGCGGGUUCCCUUGGUCCAGAUCAUCCAGCAGUUCGAAGGGACUGCUUAUAUUUUACUGGGUGGUCUGGGAACUGGAGUGAGUAUUCUUUGGUUGAUGGAUCUUUGCAUGAGAAUGUUGUCGACUACCCUGGGCAAGCAGCAAGGAAGAAUUAUGUACCACUGGCAUGGGUCCUUCCAAGCAUUUGCUGAUGUAGCAAAACACAUACUAGAACUGUCGAAGUUUUCAAGAAGAGAAAUUUACCUGCUCUUGGCGGUGGCGUGCAACUGCGAAUGGGGGGAGGCCGUUACAGUGUGCUCUGUGGUCUGUAGCAUGAUGAUGAAGAGAACCGUGGCAUUCCUGGUUUGCUGGUAGUUCUAGUGCUUUGUUCAGCUGUUAGUACUCCCUCCAAUCCAUUUUACUUCUCGCUACUUUGAUACAAAGCUGUAGCAAGUCAAUGACAAGUAAUAUGGAUCGGAGGGAGUAGUAAUUUCUCUCGCUUG